UUAAAGGGGUACGUGGAUUCCCCAUUCUUUCUUUUAUCAAGUCAUGAUCCAAAAGGUCUUCACAGUUCAUCCAAAAACUCACACUACAAAUUAACAAACACAAAUUAAGUUUAUAUUCAUUUGUUCAACAAAUCAUAUUUCCUCUUGCAAUGUCUAAUUCUUUUUAUUAUUAUUAUCUUGUAAUAUUUCUUCUUUUUCUCUUUCCAUUACACAAUUUAGCUCAAAAUAAUGGUAGAGUAGCUACUAGUAGUUCUAUUAGUGCAACAGAUGAAAGUACCCCAUGGCUUUCACCAUCUGGUGAUUUUGCAUUUGGCUUCAAAAAAAUUCAAGAAAAUAAAAAUCAGUUCUUGCUUUGUAUAUGGUAUGCAAAAAUUCAAGAAAAGACUACAAUUUGGCAUGCUAAUAUGAGUGAUUUAGUUCCACAAGGAUCAAGAUUGAAUCUUGAUCCUCAAAGGGGUCUAAUACUUAGUGAUCCUCAAGGGAAUGCCCUUUGGAGAACUGAUUUGCUUGUUGGUAAUAUUGAAUAUGGACUCAUGAAUGAUAUUGGGAAUUUUGUUGUAAUGGGAAGUGAUUCUACUGAUCCAUUGUGGGAAAGUUUUAGAAAUCCAACUGAUACUUUGUUGCCAAAUCAAACAUUGGAAAGAGGAAGCUUUCUUGUUUCUCAAAAGUCACAAACUAUAUUCACUCAAGGUAGGUUUUAUCUUCGGAUGCUUGAUAAUGGAAAUUUGGUACUUGUUACACAGAGUGUGCCCUCCAAUACUGAUUAUGAUGAUGAGUACUACAACACUCAAACUUCUGAUACAACAAAUGCAACAAAUUCUGGGGAUAAGUUGGUUUUCGAAGAGAAUGGCGUGGUGUAUGUAUUGAAAAGAAACAAUGAAGGGCAAACUCUUACUCCGCGAUCCAUUCCUUCAGCUUCGGACAAUUAUCAUCGUGUGACACUUAACUUUGAUGGAGUUCUUAGUCAUUAUUAUCAUUCAAGGAUUUCGAAUAGCAGUGGCUGGAAUAUUCUGUGGUCUCAACCGAAUAAUAUAUGCAUCGAAAUUGAUGGAGACAAAGGACCUGGUUCUUGUGGUUACAACAAUGUAUGCAAUCUUGGUACAAACAAUAGACCAGUUUGUAACUGUCCGAAAGGAUAUUCACUGGUUGAUCCGAACAAUGAUUAUGGAGACUGUAAACCAGAUUUUUCUAUAAGUUGUGAUGAGGUUGGGAGGGGUUCACCUGAAGAUUUUUACAGUUUUAUCACGAUUCGUGAUACUGAUUGGCCGAAAUCUGACUUUCAGCAAAUUCGCCCUUCUACUGAACAAGAUUGCCAAAGUGCUUGUUUGAAUGAUUGUUUCUGUGUUGUUGCCAUUUAUAGAAGCAAUAGUUGCUGGAAAAAGAAGCUUCCACUGUCGAAUGGGAGAAUAGACACAAAUCUGAAUUCAAAAGCUUUUAUGAAAAUAAGGAAAGAUGGUGUUCCUCCUCUGAGUCCUGGCCUUCCAAAUUCAGGAUCUCGUCAAAGUAAGAAGUGGCGAAAUUGGGCUGUUGUGUUGUCUGGGCUCUUAGGCAGCUCUGUGUUGGUAAAUAUUCUUUUCAUCAGUGUAUUCUUUUGGGGAUUCUUCUACAUUUACAAAAAGAAAGUGAAGAUAUCGCGCCCAACGAGUCACAUGGUAAACUCUCUCUGUCAUAGUUUUACAUACAAAGAACUAGUAGAAGCCACAAAAGACUUCAAGGAAGAGGUAGGCAGGGGUGCAUUUGGGAUUGUUUACAAAGGGGUAAUGCCUAUCGGUUCAAGAAAUGUUGUCGCUAUAAAGAAGCUGGACAGAGUUGCUCAUGAGGCAGAGAAGGAUUUCAUGACUGAAGUAAAUGUGAUUAGUCAGACUCAUCACAAGAAUUUGGUCCGUUUGCUUGGAUAUUGUAAUGAGGGACCUCAUCGUUUGUUGGUCUACGAGUAUAUGAGUAAUGGAACUCUUGCAAGUUUCAUUUUUGGUGAUCCAAAACCUACUUGGAGUCAGAGGACAUAUAUCGCGAUGGGGAUUGCAAGGGGACUUGCAUACCUCCACGAAGAGUGCAGUACGCAGAUUAUCCAUUGUGAUAUAAAGCCUCAGAACAUUCUCCUUGAUGAUUAUCACUUUGCUCGAAUAUCAGAUUUUGGAUUGUCUAAACUGAUGAUGAUUAACCAGAGUCGAACGCUUACUAAUAUUAGAGGAACAAGAGGCUAUGUUGCACCAGAAUGGUUCAGGAAUAGUCAAGUCACGGUUAAGGUGGACGUUUACAGCUUUGGUGUACUACUACUAGAGAUCAUCACUUGCCGGAAAAAUUAUGAGAGUGAGGAAAACUACGGACCGGAGGCGAUUCUUAUAGACUGGGUUCUGGAUUGCUUUCAAGAAGGAAAAUUGGAAGCUCUGGUGGAAAGUGAUUCCGAGGCUUUGAAUGACAAGAAGCAGCUCGAGAGGUUCGUGAUGGUUGGUAUUUGGUGCAUUCAGGAGGAUCCGUCAAUGAGGCCUACUAUGAGGAAGGUCUGUCAAAUGCUUGAAGGAUCUGUUGCAGUGACAAUUCCACCAUGUCCAUAUAAUUUUAGCAUUACUAUUUAAGAUCAUAGGCCUUAUUUAUGCGUGGCUUACCUCCUCUGUAUGGCUUUUUUCGUUUGAGUUCUCUAGUUAUAUUACUUGCUUUCAUGCUUAAAUUGUAUGAAUGAUAACAUAAUAACUGAUUUGCUUCUUUGAAA